UACUUAUAGAAAAGUAAUCUGAAUUGACGGAAGAUUAAUUAAAUUAUUUUAUAAAGAAAUCACGCUAUACAUAUAGCGAAAUAAAAUCGAUAAUUGAGCAGAAAUUAGCUGGAGUUGGCAAUAACUCAAAUAUGGCAAACCCAGGUAACAAUCAAGCCGCUAUGUUCGAUUUAAAAACAGCGACGGCAUUGAUCCAACCAUACGAUGGCUCGCCAGCUGGCCUCGAUGGAUUUGUUGACUCAGUCAACCUACUGACCGAGUUAACAGCCCAGGCACAUUUAGGUAUAGUCUUGAAAUUCGUAAAAACGCGGCUCAGCGGUAAAGCGCGCUCCGCUGUACCCGCUGACGUUGCUUCCAUGGAAGCACUACUGGAUUUAAUAAAACAAAAUCGCGCAAGCAAGGAAUCACCUGAGUCGGUGACAGCAAAGUUAAAAGCAUUGAAACCGAAAGGCGACAGUGACAAAUUUUUAGAAGAUGUGGAAAAAUUAACAACGGAAUUGACUUCACUAUAUGUGAAGAACGAAAUUCCACUGAACGUUGCUACUAAAAUGGCAACUAAAGUGGGUGUUGAAACAUUGGUGAACAAAAUUACUGAUUCGGACACUAGAAUCAUUAUGAAAUUCAGAAAUUGCACCUGGAGUAUUCUGCAGUAACACAAUAGUGUCUAAGCUGACACCAUUUGUUAGAAUCGUUAAUACAAAUGAUGAAAAUAUAAUAUUGAAAAUUUUUAAGCUUAAAAUUCAACCAUUAGAAAAUUUCCACAUAUUUAACUGUAAGAAUAAU